AGCUUCUGUUUUUUCUCUCUACACUUUUAUUCUUGCUUGGGGUUGACUUUCUUUUUUCUUCUGUCGCGUACCCGGUGAUCUGUGGCCGGCGAUUUUAGCACGAAAAGGGUCUGAUGGGCCAUAGGAGAGAGAAGGUGUGGGAAACAGCAUCAAGUAGUUCCGCAAAACUUUGAGCCCCGUUCCCAUUUUCUUCUGGCCUACAUUCGUAAACGUAUUGUUGAUUUCUGCCUUUUUUUUUUUCCUCGUCGCGAGAAGGUCUUGUUUUGCCUUUAGUUUUUUAUAAACCGCUGUACUUUCGACAUUUAGUUUCCGCUCUCCCUUGGUGUGUAUGUCAUUUUAUUUUUAAUCCUGAACUAUAAUGGGUUUUAUCGUGAGAUUUUUCAUGCUGCAGUGUUCAGCUUUAAUUUUUAAUAUUGCAUUAGUAGUUUCAUCCGGUUUGUGAGACUUUCUCCUGCGUGGCCUAGAAAUGUUUUAUAUCUUGUUGCCUACCACCCUUUCCUACCGUCUCCCUCCUUUCUCUCGGAUGGUUUCUUAAUUGAGGGUCAUGGUGUUUGAUUAAAUGGUUAUUUACAGUUUACACGAUAUAUCUAUUAGAAACUUUUGAUCUGUGGGAUUAGGUUUAAGUAAACGAAAAGCUUGUGUUGCUUUGAAAUGGUUCCUUAAAAUGCGCGGGCCGCCCCCCCUCCCCUUGGUAAAGCCCCAUCUUCCCCUCAUACUGGAGUGUAAAUUCCAUACCCCUUUUCUCCCACGGACCGCCGUAUUUCACGGCAGCCACACCCUGUAUUUGUCUCUGUGGAUUGGACUCAUUAUCAGCUUAAUUUAGUGACUCUUAAACCACCAUGAUGGGACUUGCUUAAGCACGAAGCUUCUUUUCCUGUUUAGUCCUAGUGGUUAGUGUCGAAAGAGGAAUAAUCGAGGUUUCUUGAUGAAACCUGGUGCGGUCCAACCUCUGCCUUUUUUCUGUUGUCUUUUUUCCUACUCCGGGCUGUUGGCGGUGUCAGCACCGCUGCUGGGGGCGGGGGUGGAGGGGAGAAAGAGUCGGGUUACCGAAGUGCGUCAUUCCUGGCUCUAGCAGGGCCUGCUCGGGAGCUGCUGGUGUUUGUUACUGUCCUCGCAGCACUUUCCUGCCAACCUUCUCUCUCUGCGUAUUGGUUAGGAGCAAGAGCAGGAGGCGGUCUUCUAAUUCUAUCUGUAGCCUAGCGCGUUGCGUUUCAGGGUAUAUGUGAACUUAUUAAAAAAAAAAAAAAAAAAACCUGGGCCCUGGAAAGUGGAUAUACAUUUCUGUUUAAUGACAUACAAUUCAGGUAGUUUAGACUUGCUUUCAUAUAUUUUCCAAUGAACGGUGGGGUUAAUUUUGAACAUUUUAAAACGCUUACGUUAAAAUGCCUGGUUUUCUUUUUACAUUGAUAUCAAUCUGUAAUUAGGGAUCAGAAGGACCAGUUAAGGCAUAAGCAUUCAGCGGUUUUUCAAGUGGUUGAAUUGUAAUUUUAUGACACAUUAUGUUAAAUAGUCUGUUUUUUUUUUUUUUUUUUCGUUUUGAGCCGAGGUGCUAUAUGAAUGUAAGCUAAUUGCAGAUAUUUAAGUUCAUUUUCACCACCUAUUCCUAUUUCUCCUUUUAGGUAUAAUUUUAAAUAUGCCUUUUGGAUUUAUGGACUUUAUUAAAAUUCUUAAAGAUGGCUAUUUCUUUGUUUUUAACUGAAUUCUUAAAUUUGCAAGUAGUUGUUUUAGGGUGACAGUCACUGUUAAAUUCUUCUUACUAGUCUUUGAUACUUUAGCAUCUUUGGGUUUUUUUCAGGGUACUUACCGAGCACAGUGUCUUCUUAAUUCUUUUCUGAAGAUAAUAAUUGGAAGAGAGAGUGGUGGGAGGUAGAGAUGAAACAAGAGUGGCCUUGAGUUGAUCGUAGCUGGAUGAGUACAGGGGAGCUUAUUGUACUAUUAUUCUCUCUACUUUUUUGUGCGUACUUGAAAAUUUCCACAAUUAAAAAAAUUGUAAGAAAAAAUUUCAAAUUGGCCUGCAAUUUUGAUGUGAUGGCAUACAUUUGUAUUUACCUAUCAGUUAUCUGCGUGGAAAACUUGGCCUUUUGCAUAAGUAAUUACACAAUGCCUGAUAUACAAACUUUCAAAAAAAUAUUUAAUUUGAACCAGUAUAGAAUAAGCAGUAUAAAUACUUACAAAUCGGUUGAACUCUAUAUGUUUGUAACUUAGUCUGAAUGUAUUCUACUUUUAGUUUCUUUUUUAAUCCUUUGAAAACGGGAAAAUUCCAUUCUCAGAUUUUGUAAAUUUUGCUUGUUGUCUAUUUCAUUAAGUUGGGGUUACAGUGAGUCAGUAUGAAAGGGAUUUACUAUUAAUAGGAGGGGCUUUGGCAGUUGCAGUAAGUGACAGUGGAAGGGAUUCGGGUGCCCUAGGGCGCAUUCCUGGUAGGAACAUAGAGGUAGGAGUUGAAUUCAGUUUCAGUAUUUGGUGUUUAAUGAAUGGGUAGAGACUAGGAUUGGAAAGGAAAUGUACUUAUUAGCCAUUCUUUCCUACUGUGAAAUAACUAUAGCAUUCUAAGGUUAUCAGAGACUGGCAGUGGGGGUGGGGUGGGUUCUUAAAAAAAAACUGAUAUGAAAAUGAACAUUUACUUAUAAAGUGACUUAAAUCGCACUCCUCACUUUAAGGAUUUAGUGUUGUAGUUAAAAGUCGGUAUGUAAAAUAUUCUAAUGUUUUUCUAUUAAGGCCAUUCUGACCAUUACCCAUCAACAGUAAAAGUGCAUUGCAAUUAAAAUCCUCAGUUUCCUUAAUUAAUAUAUUUGUGAAUUGCUUCUACAUUCUUUGAAGGAAUUGUUUGUCUUAGAAGAAAGAAGCAAACCAUCAUUUUACCCACGUAAAUAUAUGAAUAUAUUUCUGACAUUGGGGUGUUCCAGAAGAUGAUAAAGAAAUGAUAGCAGCUCCAGAAAUACCAACUGAUUUUAAUCUACUACAGGAGUCAGAAACACAUUUUUCUUCUGACACAGAUUUUGAAGACAUUGAAGGAAAAAACCAAAAGCAAGGCAAAGGAAAGACUUGUAAAAAAGGCAAAAAGGGCCCAGGAGAAAAGGGCAAAAGUGGAAAUGGAGGAGGAAAACCUCCUUCUGGUCCAAACCGAAUGAAUGGUCAUCACCAACAGAAUGGAGUGGAAAACAUGAUGUUGUUUGAAGUUGUUAAAAUGGGCAAGAGUGCUAUGCAGUCGGUGGUAGAUGAUUGGAUAGAAUCCUACAAGCAUGACCGAGAUAUAGCACUUCUUGACCUCAUCAACUUUUUUAUUCAGUGUUCAGGCUGUAAAGGAGUUGUCACAGCAGAAAUGUUUAGACAUAUGCAGAACUCUGAAAUAAUUCGAAAAAUGACUGAAGAGUUUGAUGAGGAUAGUGGAGACUAUCCACUUACCAUGGCUGGGCCUCAGUGGAAGAAGUUCAAAUCCAGUUUUUGUGAAUUCAUUGGCGUAUUAGUACGGCAGUGUCAGUAUAGCAUCAUAUAUGAUGAGUACAUGAUGGAUACAGUCAUUUCACUUCUUACAGGAUUGUCUGACUCACAAGUCAGAGCAUUUCGACAUACAAGCACCCUGGCAGCUAUGAAGUUGAUGACAGCUUUGGUGAAUGUGGCACUAAAUCUUAGCAUUAAUAUGGAUAACACACAAAGACAGUAUGAGGCAGAACGGAAUAAAAUGAUUGGAAAACGAGCCAAUGAGAGGCUAGAACUCCUGCUACAGAAGCGGAAGGAGCUUCAGGAAAAUCAAGACGAGAUAGAAAAUAUGAUGAAUGCAAUAUUUAAGGGAGUGUUUGUACAUAGAUACCGUGAUGCAAUAGCUGAAAUCCGAGCUAUUUGUAUUGAAGAAAUUGGCAUUUGGAUGAAAAUGUAUAGUGAUGCCUUUCUAAAUGACAGUUAUUUAAAGUAUGUUGGUUGGACUAUGCAUGAUAAGCAAGGUGAGGUAAGACUCAAAUGUCUCACUGCUCUACAAGGGCUUUAUUAUAACAAAGAGCUUAAUUCCAAACUGGAGCUUUUUACCAGUCGGUUCAAGGAUAGAAUUGUGUCUAUGACCCUUGACAAAGAAUAUGAUGUUGCAGUACAAGCAAUAAAAUUACUUACUCUUGUUUUACAGAGUAGUGAAGAAGUUCUUACUGCAGAAGAUUGUGAAAAUGUCUACCAUCUGGUUUAUUCAGCUCACCGGCCAGUAGCAGUAGCAGCUGGGGAAUUUCUCUACAAAAAGCUCUUCAGUCGUAGAGAUCCAGAGGAGGACGGAAUGAUGAAAAGAAGGGGACGACAAGGUCCAAAUGCCAACCUUGUGAAGACAUUGGUUUUUUUCUUUCUGGAAAGUGAGUUACAUGAGCAUGCAGCAUACCUUGUGGACAGCAUGUGGGACUGUGCUACCGAGCUACUGAAAGACUGGGAAUGUAUGAAUAGCUUGUUGCUGGAGGAGCCACUUAGUGGAGAAGAAGCAUUAACAGACAGACAGGAGAGUGCUCUGAUUGAAAUAAUGCUUUGUACCAUUAGACAAGCAGCUGAAUGUCAUCCUCCUGUGGGAAGAGGGACAGGAAAAAGGGUGCUGACAGCGAAGGAGAAGAAGACCCAGUUGGAUGACAGGACAAAAAUCACUGAACUUUUUGCUGUGGCUCUUCCUCAGUUAUUAGCUAAGUAUUCUAUAGAUGCAGAAAAGGUGACUAACUUGUUGCAGUUGCCUCAGUAUUUUGAUUUGGAAAUAUAUACCACUGGACGAUUAGAAAAGCAUUUGGAUGCCUUAUUACGACAGAUCCGGAAUAUUGUAGAGAAGCACACAGAUACAGAUGUUUUGGAAGCAUGUUCUAAAACUUACCAUGCACUCUGUAAUGAAGAGUUCACAAUCUUCAACAGGGUAGAUAUUUCAAGAAGUCAACUGAUAGAUGAGUUGGCAGAUAAAUUUAACCGGCUUCUUGAAGAUUUUCUGCAAGAGGGGGAAGAGCCUGAUGAAGAUGAUGCAUAUCAGGUAUUGUCAACAUUGAAGAGAAUCACUGCUUUUCAUAAUGCUCAUGAUCUUUCAAAGUGGGAUUUGUUUGCUUGUAAUUACAAACUAUUGAAAACCGGAAUUGAAAAUGGAGACAUGCCUGAACAGAUUGUUAUUCAUGCCCUGCAGUGUACUCACUAUGUGAUCCUUUGGCAGCUUGCAAAGAUAACUGAAAGCAGCUCUACAAAGGAGGAUUUGCUGCGUUUAAAGAAACAGAUGAGGGUAUUCUGUCAGAUAUGUCAGCAUUACCUGACCAACGUGAAUACUACUGUUAAGGAGCAGGCCUUCACUAUUCUGUGUGAUAUUCUGAUGAUCUUCAGCCAUCAAAUUAUGUCUGGAGGACGGGACAUGUUAGAGCCAUUAGUUUACACCCCUGAUUCUUCAUUGCAGUCUGAGUUGCUCAGCUUUAUUCUGGAUCAUGUCUUCAUCGAACAGGAUGAUGAUAAUAACAGCGCAGACGGUCAACAGGAGGACGAAGCCAGCAAAAUUGAAGCUUUGCACAAGAGAAGAAAUUUACUUGCAGCAUUUUGUAAGCUAAUUGUAUAUACUGUGGUGGAGAUGAAUACAGCUGCAGAUAUCUUCAAGCAGUAUAUGAAGUAUUAUAAUGACUAUGGAGACAUCAUAAAAGAAACGAUGAGUAAAACAAGGCAGAUAGACAAAAUUCAGUGUGCAAAGACCCUUAUUCUCAGUUUGCAACAGCUUUUUAAUGAAAUGAUACAGGAAAACGGCUAUAAUUUUGAUAGAUCAUCCUCAACAUUUAGCGGCAUAAAAGAACUUGCUCGACGUUUUGCUUUAACUUUUGGACUCGAUCAGUUGAAAACAAGGGAGGCCAUUGCUAUGCUACACAAAGAUGGCAUAGAAUUUGCUUUUAAAGAGCCUAACCCACAAGGAGAGAGCCAUCCACCUUUAAAUUUGGCAUUUCUUGAUAUCUUGAGCGAAUUUUCUUCUAAACUACUCCGACAAGACAAAAGAACGGUGUAUGUUUACUUGGAAAAGUUCAUGACCUUUCAGAUGUCACUCCGAAGAGAAGAUGUGUGGCUUCCACUGAUGUCUUACCGAAAUUCUUUGCUAGCUGGUGGUGAUGAUGACACCAUGUCAGUCAUUAGUGGUAUCAGCAGUCGAGGGUCAACUGUGCGGAGUAAAAAAUCAAAACCAUCUACAGGAAAACGGAAAGUGGUUGAAGGCAUGCAACUUUCACUCACUGAAGAAAGCAGUAGUAGUGACAGUAUGUGGUUAAGCAGAGAACAAACACUGCACACCCCAGUUAUGAUGCAGACACCACAACUCACCUCAACGAUUAUGAGAGAGCCCAAAAGAUUACGACCUGAGGAUAGCUUCAUGAGCGUCUAUCCAAUGCAGACUGAACAUCAUCAAACUCCUCUUGAUUAUAACACGCAGGUAACAUGGAUGUUAGCUCAAAGACAACACGAGGAAGCAAGGCAACAGCAGGAGAGAGCAGCAAUGAGCUAUGUUAAACUGCGAACUAAUCUCCAGCAUGCCAUUCGGCGUGGUACAAGCCUAAUGGAAGAUGAUGAAGAGCCAAUUGUUGAAGAUGUUAUGAUGUCCUCAGAAGGGAGGAUUGAAGAUCUUAACGAGGGAAUGGAUUUUGACACCAUGGAUAUAGACUUGCCACCAUCAAAGAACAGACGAGAAAGAACAGAACUGAAACCUGAUUUCUUUGAUCCAGCUUCAAUUAUGGAUGAAUCAGUUCUUGGGGUGUCAAUGUUUUAAUACCAGUACACAAUUAAAUCUGUGGUGAAGUCAUUUUCUAAGUGGAAGAGGAAGUUUUAAAAUAAAGUGUGGUAGAUACAGUGAAAUUCUGUACAGAUUUUUCUCUAAGGAGAAUAUGACAUGCUUACGCUUACCAAGAUCAAGUGCAUUGAGGGGCAGUUUUGUUUGCCUGAAAAAAGUAAAGGACAAGUAAACAAUUUGAUGAUAAGCUACAGUUUUUCUUAGAAAGUAAAUAUUUUAUUUAUGCGCUGUUAGUUGGCUUUUGAAUCAAUUAUUUCAUGCUUUUUUUAAAGAAAAUAUAACAAUCUAAAGAGGCAUUUGGUACAGACAUGAAUCCUCUCACAUUUAUUUACUGGGUGUACUAAGUAAUGAUGACCUCUGCUGGAUUUCUGUUUACAUCCAAGAAACAAAGUUAAGGAUGAAUUUAUUCCCCUGCCCUGAAAUUAUAGGAUAGAAUUGUUUUUAGCAUUCUAAAUUUAAAUGCUUAAAACAUCAAUCAACAAAGCUUUCUUUUAAAUAUUGUAAUUGUGGAGAAAAGUAAACUUAUAAGCAGAACUUUUACAAUUUUUUCAUCUAAAAUGUAUUUUAAGAUAUUUUUAAAAUCCAAGAGCUUCUCUAUACUUUUCAGAAAUAUCCAGAUGCAGUGAACUGCCAGAAGGUAACCAGUCUCAAACAUGCUUAUCCCAUUAUCAGCCCUGAAAGUUUGCUUGUCCUUUAAGAUAAAAAUGUAAUGUUGUGAUAUUCCUUCCAGUAGUGCCACUGUAUUUUGUCUCCAAAUAAAAGAAGCUUAUUGUAGUAUGUUUGCAGAAAAAUUCUAAACAAAAAUUAUACAGCUUAUUAGAGUGUGGGAAUAGGGAUCUAAAUUUUAAAUAAAAUUAUAUAUAUAUAUAAAUUGGUGCUGAUUUUAUAAUUGCGCAGUUUGUUUAGUUUUUUCUUACUUUUAAAUUCCAACUUAAAAUUAUGAGGUUUCAGAAAUAUAUUGAAAGUUUAACAAUGUUUAAAAAUAGAAAAGCAUGAGUGUUCAUGCUUUAAAAUGAUUUUUAAAUUUGUAUUUUAUAUUGUUUUAUCUAUCUGUCUUUGCAAGCAGUCUUCAGGUUAAAGAUACUUCUAACAGGUUACAGUACAUUUCCUCUGUAUGUAAAUUAGAUGGGAUAAUAGAAUUCAUAACCCAUAAUAUUCUUUGAAAGCUAAGCUUUAAAACUUCAUUUUAUGUCCUUUCACAAAUAAAUUAGUUUAAAACAGAAAGUGGCUACUUGCCAUUUUGACAUCAACUCAUUUUGCGAGGCUUAGGCAGCUAGACAUCGUUUAAAACAAAAUAUUAACUUAUAUUACAUGUAUAUCUAUCUUUUGUCAGUCGUCUCUCAGUUCUUGAGGUAUAUUAUUUUAAUCAUUCCAUGCCUUAAUAUGCUUGCAAUACGAGAAUAUCUUCAGAUGGGUGAAUACCAAAAGGCUUCCAGUUCUUAGAGUCAGAAAUCAACAAGCAUUGGGCUGUGGUAGCCAAAAACCAUAGGUUAGCUAAAAGAUCAUGAUACAGUACAAUUGUUUUAUUAAAUCAUGAUUAAUAACAAAUGAAACCAGACUUGUCUAAACAGAUUUUCCAUCUACAAAUAUUGUUAUGUGCAAAAAGUACUGCCUAUGUUGUUUUUCACACCACUGCAUUUACUAGAACUGCUGAGAGGACUGUAUAUAUGAUUUUAAACCUAAGUUGAUUUUGUUUCUCACUCUUGAAAGGAGUACUUCUUUGUGAAAGCAGUUCUUACAGCUUUGUUUUCAACCAGCUAAAAAUGUUUUAUAUAUUACUCUAACCUGUUGUCCUCCACAUUCUAUUGUCCUAAUUGUACUGUUUUCUGAUUUGUAUUUAUGUCUUGAGACAGUAACUUUUUGAAUAAAAAUAAACCUACA